UAGGUAUUCUCCUUCCCGCCGAUGCCAUUGCGAGCUCAUUCUCAUACUUUCUAAACCGAGAGGCUGAGAGAAAGAGAGCAAUGGAGUUCAGUCUUAGCGGGAACGCACUCAAGACCUUCGCUCGGUCGACAGCGUGCCUCGCUCGCGUUGGUAAUGAGCUUGCCAUUCAAGCUUCUCCUUCUAAAGCUGAUUGCUCUGUUCUCAGGACCCUAUAGCAAGUAUUGACUAUCUAAGUUUGAAAUUGCGUGAACCAGAUGCAUCAAAAGUGGAAUGGACGUUGGAAUGCUACAGUGGUACCAAAAAUCUGACAUCAUAGAAACCAAAGCCUUGCUGAUAUGUGUCGUCAUGACAAGAAGUGCUAAAAUAUCAGAGUUCUGGUUCUUCAAAGUGUAUAUCAAAAGGUCUUUGCCUAAUUGGGAGAUCACUAUCAUUGCUGCAGAACCUACUUCUUUACCAUCUGAUGCUGCAAGUGAAAUUGGAGGGAAAGCUGUGGAACUUGAAAGUUAUAUGGACCCAACAAAAGAAGAAUUUGUGCAAUAUACUCACAUUGGAGACCCAGUUGAUGUAACUUUUGGUGUGAAGGAAUUUAAGGUAAAUAGGUAUUAUGAUUUAGGCUCUGGACUAUUACUUUUUUUUUUUCAAAACCUAAACGUAAAAUCCUUGUGCCUAGAGGUGUAAAUCACUAAAUUGUAAUAUGAAAAUGACUUAUAUUCCUAAUAUUUUCGUCCAUAACCGAU